CAGUGAAUAGCGAACGCCCAAAAAGAAUCAUGGCUAUCAAGAAGAGUUUUAUAUUUCUGAGCAUUUUUUACGUCGUCAAUGCAACUCAGACUCCCCAGUGUCCAGAUAUAAUAACGAGAUCGCAAUGGGGAGCACGACAAGCAGCACACGUUGAUUACCUAAUUGUACCAAUACCAUACGUGGUGAUUCAACACACAGUAGGUCCGACUUGCAACCGGAUGAGUAAAUGUGCUGACAUCGUUACCGAUAUCCAAUCGUAUCAUGACUCUCAUAAUUGGGAUGACAUUGCUUACUCAUUCGUGAUUGAAGGUGAUGGUAAUGUGUACGAAGGUGCAGGCUGGACCCGCGUAGGGCGGCACACACUUGGUUGGAACAAAAAAGCCAUCGGGAUCGGUUUUAUAGGUUCUUACCAAGAUAACAACGCAAACCAAAUUAUGUUGGAUACAGCGCACCAGUUAAUAAUUUGCGGAAAAGCUCAAGGAAUACUUCGGCCGAAUGUUCGCGUACUUGGUGCACGGCAAAUAAGACCUACAACAAGCCCAGGCUCUGCACUGUACAACAAAAUUCAAGCAUGGCCUGAAUGGGUAGCUACUCCAUGAAUAACUAGAAUAAGAUACGAUGUCAAAACAUGUAACAGCGCAAAUUUAAUACAUUGUGAAAUAAAAAUUCAGUCAAGUAUGAUAUAACUAAUGACAAAUUGGCCCAAGACUUGGAAUAGGAUAAGA